AUGAAGACGUCUACUUUUGCUCAGCUGCUCUCCCUCGCGGCGGUGGCCACGGCUCAAAUGCCCAAGUGCGCUAUUGACUGCUUCCAAGAUGUCAUUUACGCGCAUCCUCCCAUGGCCUGUAAGGAGUCCACCAUGUACCUGUGCUUCUGCAAGAUGCCUUCUCUGCAGUGGUACUUUAUUGAGUGCGGCAAUGAAAAGUGUGAGGACUCUGAGGGCGCCAUUAGCUUUGGUCUGAACCUCUGCGACGAGCUUGGUUACCCCAUCGAGACCGACAAGCUCACCAAGCCUCCCAUCACCAGCGAGGGAACCAUCACUGAAGCGCGACCCACCGUGACCGAGGUGGACGACUCUACGCCCACCACCAACGACGCUGCCGAGACCACCGCCGAAGAGUCUGCUGCCGAGACCACCGAGGCUGCCAGCACCACCGUCGCUUCCACUGGAGCUACCACUGCUGCUGCUUCCAAGACGGAGAGCUCGGCUGAGGAGACUGGGACUGAAGAGGCCGAGUCCUCUGCUGAGACCUCUGCCGAGGAGUCUACCGCCGAGUCCACUGCUGCUGGAUCAAGCGCUGCCGAAUCUAGUGCUGCCGACGCUACCAGCGAUGCUUCUGCCGAUGCUGCUACUUCUACUCCCACGACCGAGCCCAACGGCGCCAACUCUGUCACUGCCUCUGGUCUGCUCGUCGCCGUCGGCGCUGUCGCUGUCGCUUUUGGCCUUUUCUAA